CUCCCGUGUGAUGGUAUUUUCCAUUAAUGCUCAUGUUCACCUAAAGCUGUACAUAUAGGCUGCUACAAACACAAAACAAUGCUUGCCUACAGACACACAUAAACACAUAAUCCCAACCCACGUUGUCAUCACUUGUCACCAAAAUUCUCCAUUCUCUCUCUCUCUCUCAUCACACGCAGUAGUAUUUUCCUUCUCUGUUUCUCACAUGAUCCAGUUUCCCCUCUAUUAAAUGCCUCUUGCAGCUUUUGACAUUCUCUGCCCCAACAUUACAGCUCUUCAUCACCACCCUCACUCUUCUCAUCACCAGCACGCACGCACCCUCUUCCCUCUCCCCCACCAUUCCCUCUAUAUAAAUUCAUCCUCAUCACUCUCUACCAUAACAGAGACUCUGUUUUCAUGCACUAACCUCAAAUACCACACACUACUACUCAAUGGAGAAGAUGAUGCCUAGAGAAGAAGGGUUCCCACAAAGGAGAAGAACCCCAUCCUUCUCCUCCACACUCCUAGACGCCAUUUGUCGCUCCAUCGAUGAAUCAAAAUCCAACGUGGAUGAAGAUCCACAACUGGGUCUCUUCAAUGAAACUACCAACCCAAAACAGAGCAUUUCAAAACAGAGCAAUUCAACCCACUGUGCCAAUAUUGCAGAGAAAAGUGGCAACAAGGAGAGGAUGAAUCUUCGCCGUGCCGUGAUGAUUGAAGAUUGGAUGGAGAAGCAGAGCUCAUCACAAAGCUCGCACUUCACAACUUCAAGCUCCUCUGAAUCCACUUCAGGGGCAGGGUUUUCAUCCUCAGAAGCAGAGACAACCACCCACAAAUCAAAACCAAGACACAAAUCAGAGAAGAAACAACAACAGCAGCAACCGCAGAAGCCGAAGAGGGAGGGUGACGGUGGUGGAGGUGGUGGUUUUUCGAGGACCAAGUUGAAGGCAUUGAAAAUCUAUGGUGAGUUGAACCAGAAAGUGAAGCAACCAAUUUCACCGGCGAGUCGCAUAGCAAGUUUCCUCAGCUCAAUUUUCAACGCCGGGAACAUGAAGAAAGCCAAAAUGUGCUAUGCUGGUUCCACACAAGAUGUUGAUUUCAACCACAAAUCCAAGUCCCCAUGUUUCUCUUCCUCUGCAUCUUCUUUUUCAAGAAGGUCUUGCAUGAGCAAAACCCCAACUUCUUCAUCUUCUUCCUCAGCAAAAGGGAAAAGAUCAGUGAGAUUCUACCCAGUUAGUGUGAUCCUUGGUGAGGAUUCUCAAAACGAUCCAAGUUUGUUGCCAGUUUCUAGUGUUAGAAAGAUGACAAGAGUGUCUUCAAUUAAGGAGGUGAAGAAGAAUUCUGCUAAGGUUAAAGAAAAUGUUCUUAUGAAGGGUUAUCAAAAUUCUUGUAAGAAUAAUCAAUUUGAUUUUAGAGGUUCCUAUGAUCAUGGUGAGGAGAGUGAUGAUGAUGAUGAUGAUGAUGCUCUAAGUUGUUCAAGUUCUGAUCUGUUUGAGCUAGAUCACAUAGUUGGAGCUGGAAGAUACCAAGUGGAGCUUCCUGUUUAUGAAACUACAAAUUUAGAAAGGAAUAAGGCCAUUGCUAAUGGUCUUUGUUUGUAGACUAGUAGUACUAUUUACUAAUUUAAGAAAUCAUUGUAAUUAAUUCCAUGUUUGCUGGAGAUCAAUUUAGAACAAUUCAUAA